AACACUUGCAGAGACCCUGUCACUACUUGCCCUGCGCGGAGGCCAUUUUUCGGCGUCAGAUCAGUAAAGAAAGAAGCUGCAAUUCGGCCGACCGGCACCAAAUUUUCUUUUUUUACCAUCUCUUUCUUUGGACUUCUCCUCCUUCCGGCGUAUCCGCAUCGCGUCGACGCCUCUGAUUUGCAGGGACAUGGCUACCGAUCACGUCAACGGGAACGGGACGGAGGAACCCAUGGACACGACGGCGGCGGCGGUCCAGCGUUCGGAACACUUUUCGGCCCUGUUGGAAGCAGAGUUGCCUCAGAAAGUGGCCGAGAAGCUGGACGAGCUCUACAUCGCAGGUCUGAUAGCGCACAGCGACCUGGACGAACGAGCCAUCGAGGCUCUCAAGGAAUUCAAGGAGGAGGGGGCCCUGCAGGUCCUGGUUCAGUUUAAAGACAGCGACCUGUCCCACGUUCAGAACAAAAGUGCCUACCUUUGCGGCGUGAUGAAGACUUACAGGCAACGUGAGAAACAAGGCUCCAAGGUGACGGAUGCCACCAAAGGUCCCGACGAGGCCAAAAUUAAAAAACUCUUGGACAGAACCAACUACACCCUAGACGUCACUACGGGCCAGCGCAAGUACGGCGGUCCCCCGCCCGAGUCGGUCUACACGGGGGUUCAACCCACCAUGGGAACGGAGAUAUUUGUGGGCAAGAUCCCCCGAGACCUGUUCGAAGAUGAGCUGGUUCCUCUCUUUGAGAAAGCGGGGCCCAUCUGGGACCUUCGCCUCAUGAUGGACCCUCUGAGCGGCUUGAACCGAGGCUACGCCUUUGUCACCUUUUGCACCCAGGAGUCUGCGCAGGAAGCCGUCAAACUGUGCAACGAUUGGGAGAUCCGUCCCGGCAAGCACAUCGGCGUGUGCAUAUCGGUGGCCAACAACCGUCUGUUUGUGGGCUCCAUCCCCAAAAGCAAAACCAAGGAGCAGAUCGAAGAGGAGUUCUCCAAGGUCACAGAGGGACUGAAAGACGUCAUCAUCUACCAUCAACCCGACGACAAGAAGAAGAACCGGGGCUUCUGCUUCUUGGAAUACGAGGACCACAAAACGGCCGCCCAGGCGCGCCGCCGCCUGAUGAGCGGCAAGGUGAAGGUGUGGAACAACCUGGUGACGGUGGAGUGGGCCGACCCCAUCGAGGACCCGGACCCCGAAGUCAUGGCGAAGGUCAAAGUAUUGUUUGUGCGCAACCUGUCCAACGGCGUCACCGAGGAGAUCCUGGAGACGUGUUUCAGCCAGUUCGGAAAAGUAGACAGAGUCAAGAAGCUCAAAGACUAUGCUUUCGUUCACUUCGAAGAGCGCGCCGGCGCCGUCAAGGCGUUGGCCGAGAUGAACGGAAAGGAGUUGGAGGGCGAGCCCGUGGAAAUCGUCUUCGCCAAGCCGCCGGAUCAGAAAAGGAAGGAACGCAAGCAGCGGCACAUGACUAAGACGCAAAUGUACGACGACUAUUACUAUUACUCGCCCCAGCAGCAGUCGGCGCCUCCCGGUAGGGGGAGGGGCGGCGGGCGGCGCGGCUACUCUUACGCGCCGGAUUAUUACGGCUACGAGGAUUACUACGACUACUACGGCUACGACUACCAAAACUACCGCGGCGGCUACGAGGACCCGUACUACGGCUACGAAGAUUUCCAGGGCCCCGCCCAGGGACGCGGCACCGCCCGGGGUCGCGGCGGUCAGGCCGGCCCCGCCCGUGGCCGGGGCGGCUUCGGCGGGCGUGGCGGCUCGGCGCCGACAGGGCAGCUCCGCGGAGGGCGUGGCGCCAGAGGAGGCUCGGCGCCGCCGCGGGGCGGCCGAGGAGGGGUACGUGGCGCGCGGGGCUUCCGCGGUGCAAACGUAGGAGGAGCGAAGCGCAAAGCCGACGGGUACAGCCAACCCGAUUCCAAGCGGCGCCAGCCCAAUAAUCAGAACUGGGGCUCCCAGCCUAUCGCUCAGCAGCCGCUCCAAGGCGCCGACCACUCUAACUAUUCCGGCUACAAAUCCGACAACCAGGAAUUUUAUCAGGAUUCUUUCGGGCAGCAGUGGAAGUAAACCACGGCUGGGCUGGGCUGGGCUCGGCUCGCAGCGCCUCCUUAGAGACUUAUUGGCUCCAAAUUGGUGACAUCUGGCAAGAGAUCUUUUUGUACAUAUUUCUAAUAUUCCACAGUAGUCGGGCGGCUCCGCUCCUUUUUUUUAAUGUUUCGUUUUAGCUUCUCGGUUUGGUUCCUAUCGUUUGUCUGAAUUUUGAACCCCUCUGCUUGCCAUGUUUUACUGAUGAAAGCAAUUUGUACUGUCACUAAGUCAUACGUGUCUUGUUAUUGGAAGAAAAGAAAAAAAGGUCCGUCAGGGUCCUAAGUUUUGGCUUGUAACGAUUCUUUGCUGUUUGUCUGCUUGAAUAAACGCGCACACAACCAAC